CCACGCUUUGCUCCCCCCCCCCCCCCCAGCAAUAGCACGCAGCUGGCUCCCGUCGUCCUGCCCAGUGCCCGGUUUGCUGGGGAGCACCCAGAGCCUGCGGCCGGGCUUCGAUGGGCUCAGCGUUGCAUUUACAAAUCCUCCCGGCGCUAGGGCUAGGAGAGCAGGACUUGCUAGCAGGCCUUGGCAAGCCCCCGCCAGUUCCUUCUCACAACGUGCCCUGGAGCAGGGGAGUAUGGCAACUUUAUAGAUGAUCUAAGAAUCUAUGUGAAAGGAGGAACUGGUGGAAUGGGGCAUCCUCGCUUGGGUGGAGAAGGAGGGAGAGGUGGUGAUGUCUGGCUUAUGGCCAAAGAAAAAACUACCUUAAAGAGAAUUAAAGACAGAUUUCCCCAGAAACGCUUUGUAGCUGGAGCAGGAGUCAACAGUAGUGUCCGUGCACUGAAAGGUGAAAAGGGAACAGAUUGUGAAGUUGAUGUGCCUUUGGGAAUUUCAGUUACUUCCUGUGAUGGGAAACAGAUUGGAGAACUUAAUAAAGCAGGAGACAGAAUACUGGUAGCUCGUGGAGGUAUUGGUGGCUGUUUGGUUACAAAUUUCUUGCCUUUGAAAGGCCAGAUACAAACAAUUCAUCUUGAUUUGAAACUUCUAGCAGAUGUUGGCUUAGUUGGAUUUCCAAAUGCAGGAAAAUCCUCGUUGCUAAGCAAAAUUUCUCAUGCCAAACCUCAGAUUGCGGAUUAUCCUUUCACAACAGUAAAACCUGAACUGGGAAAGAUCAUGUAUCCAGAUUACAAGCAGAUCUCAGUAGCAGAUCUUCCAGGAUUGAUUGAGGGUGCACAUGCAAACAAAGGAAUGGGCCACAAAUUCCUCAAGCAUGUAGAAAGAACCAAACAGCUUCUCUUUGUAGUUGAUAUUUCUGGGUUUCGGCUAUCUUCAAAAACUCGAUUCAGAACAGCUUUUGAAACUAUACUGCUUCUAAUACAGGAAAUAGAAUUAUACAAAGAGCAGCUUCGGAGAAAGCCUGCACUUCUUGCCAUUAAUAAAAUGGAUUUGCCUAAUGCACAAGAUAGCUUGAAAGAACUUAUGAAACAACUACAGAAUCCUCAAGACUCUUUAUGUUUAGUGGAGAAAGAGCUGAUUCCAACUUGCACCAUAGACUUCAAAGAUAUUAUCCCUGUAUCUGCACAUACUGGAGAAGGAAUAGAGGAACUAAAAACCUGUAUACGGAAAUCACUAGAUGAAGAAGCAGAGAAGGAGAAUGAAGAAUAUCAGAAAGAGAAACUUCGUAUCUUACAGACUUCAGAAGUAUAACAUAAUUAAAGGAGGAAAUCAGUUCUUGGAUAUUGGAUCAAUCUUUAUGAACAUCUCAGUGGAUGCUAAAUUUGUGUUUGUCAAGAAUACAGUCCUCGUGAUAUUGAACUCGACUUCAUAGUUCUGACUCUAUGCCACUAUCAAUUCAACCUUCUUGUUUUGAAAGCAAAUCUGGAAUCUUAUCUGACACACAUUGUAAGAACAGGGCAAUUUAAGAAAACUGUCUAAAUGUAAAAUGAAUAAUAUCAUGCAGAUGUACAGUGAAUUUUCUAAGAAACAAAUACAUAGUCUUCUAUACGA